AUGCUUGCAUUCGCGAUUCUUACAUCGUCGAGUAUUACUCACAGACCACCACCAAGACCAAGGCCACCUCAACGCCAUCCAAGGUAUUACGCAUCAACAGCAGAAACAGAAAAUGACUGGGGUGGUUUUAUCUCACAUGUUGGUGGUGGCGGUCGCAUUUACAAUCAAAGAGCAGAAUCUAAUAGAAUUGGAAUAUAUUACCCACAAAUUCGAGUCCCAAAAAUUCGCAUUAAAUACCAAGAGGCAGAAUCUAAUGGAUUUGGAUUCCCAAGACCACAUCCACUCCCACCUGUUCGCCCUCAUUUCCAAAAAGCAGAAGAAGAUUCAGAGAAUUACCACGAACUUUUCGUUCCAAUAGUUCAUGACGGCAAAGUCUAUUUCCAAAGAGCAGAAUCUAAUGAAUUAUACCUAAGACCAUGCGUUCCUUUACCCAUUCCAAGAAGGAGAAGGAAACAAACUAAUUCUCUUGGACCAUGGGGUUUACCAAGAUUUCCAAUCCCAUUUCCACGUCCAUUUUAA